AUCACCAGGGCAGGUUAGACUCCAUCCGUCUGCUGCGAUGGAAUUUGGUCACAUUCUUAUGUUCUUCAUGACAGUUUGGAUCUCCAGCACAGUAUCCAGAUCUGAAGAUGUGUUCGUACAGACGGGGGGUUCUGUUAAACUAGACAUAAAAAAUGAAACACCACCACACUUUAGUAGAUUAGUCUGGAUGAAUGAUAAAUUAGAAAAUGUAGUCAGAUUUCUAAAUCAAUCUGGAGAAAUCAAACCUCAUCGUUCAUAUAAGGACAGAGUGGAUUUCAAUGCUAAAACCUUCUCUCUAACACUGAGGAACAUGCAGAAGACAGACAGUGGACUCUACAGAGCAAUGACUAUUGGAAAACAAGAAAUGUGUGUUGCUGAAUACAACAUAUCAGUUAUAGAUCCAGUGGAUUCUCCUAUUCUGAACUGGAACGCCAACAUAAGUGUUGACGCCUGUAUUGUGGACGUCUCAUGCAGGGGGCAUGAUCGUACAAUCAGAGAAAUCCACCACAGCAACAACUGCACUCAGGAGAAAGUGAAAUCAUUUGGAAUCCAGACUCUAGCCCUGUAUUGUAUAGAGAACGUAGUUGUUUGUAACUACAGCAACCCAGUCAGCUGGAAGAAUGACACAAUAAAGAUUAACCAACUUUGCACACGUCAUGAAAAAGAAAACAUUUCAUUUCCUCUCCAUUGGCUCUUGGUCAUCGCUGGUGUAUCAGUGUUGGUUUUCACAGCAGUUUCUGUAAUAUGCUGCUCUUACAAGAAGCGUAAAAAAAGUGCCCAACAGAAUGAUCAGACAGUCUAUGAACAAGUUCAGCCAAGGAAUGAAGUGCAAAGACCCCUGGAGAUGUUGGAGAAAUCAGCGAAUCCUCAAACUGUGUAUGGAUUUACAGGGGAACACAAACAAACUCACAAUACCAGUCAGACAAUGCCUAGUCCUCAGAUACAGGAACAGGCGCAAACAGAAAAUCGUCCCAGCACCGCCUACAGUACAAUAGGACAACACCAAAAGCCAUCAUUUGCCUCUGAAACAGAUCAUACAAUUUAUUCAACAGUGUGUAAAUCCACGCAGGGCAGACAACCUGUGCAUAAAUAGCAGAGGUUAA